AUGGCAGGUCUUCAUGCUUUCACCUGGCUGUGCACUGUGAUCAUCUGCAUGGCACAUGUGUGCUCAAUGCCUACAAACUGCAGGCUUCAGAAGAGACUGAUCAAGGAAUGCCACAAUAUUCUGGAGAAAAUGGGAGACAGAUUUCCUUUGCAUUGCCUGGAAGGCAGUGUUCUUGUCCCGUUUCCCGAGACUGCGUUCCAGUUCAACACGUCUCAACAGGCUGUUGCACUGGAAAAGACUAUCUACUUAACACUGACCAACAUCUACUCCUUGUUUGAUGAAGACGGUGUUCCUGAGCAGUGGAAGAACGUCGAGCUCUUUCAGAACAUCAUCGACCGCCAGAUUGAGGAGAACCAAUGUAUUAUGAACAAAUCUCAAGACUCACAGGAGGACUUCCUCAGGCGUGAAAAGGCACUCAAAGAGUAUUUUGACAAAAUAUUAACGAUUUUGAAAGAAAAGAAUUUCCAAGUUUGUGGUUGGGAAUUUGUCCGAAAGGAGGUCCUCAUCACUCUGCAGUUCAUCCUGAAUAAAGACCUGGAGGGCGUUCUCAUUUCCAGCCGUGGCUGA